CAUGAAUGGCAAAUGUGUCUUAAUGAGUUAGAAAGCAAACCCUAAAUCAGAAGGUGAACGAGAAACGUAAAGGAGGAAGACGCAUAAAUGGAGACAGAGAAAACCCUAUAUCUUCCCUUUGAAUUAAUCAUCCAAAUCCUACUAAGAUUACCAGUAAAAUCUCUCAUACGUUUCAAAUGCGUUUGUAAGUCAUGGUUUUCUCUAAUCUCUAAUCCUCACUUUGCAAAUUCACAUUUUCAUCUUACCACACACACUCAUAGAAUUCUGCUCAUAACUCCAGCUCUUAAAUCUCUAUCUAUAGAUUUUGAAGCAUCGCUUAGCGAUGAUACUGCUAUCGAUUCGCGGAGCAUUAGUUUUUUGUUUCCUCAAUCUUUUUUUAAACUUGAUAUUAAAGGUUCAUGUAGAGGUUUUAUACUUUUGCAUCGUUCUAAGAAUCUUUAUAUAUGGAAUCCAUCCACCGGAGUUCGUAAACGAAUACCUUUGUCUACUAUUGAUUCCAAUUUAAAUGCAAAUUGUUUUUAUGGUUUUGGGUAUGAUCGGUUAAGAGAUGAUUACUUGGUGCUUUCUAUGUCUUAUGAUCCGAACGCCGAUGAUAUGUUAUCUCAUUUAGGGUUUUUCUCAUUGAGAGAUAAAAUGUGGAAAGAAAUUGAGGGUACUGGUACUAGUACAAGUAGUACUACUACCCAUUUGCCUUAUAUGCAGUCCUGUGUUUUUCCGAGAGCCGAGUCGCUCUUAAAUGAUACGAUUCAUUGGUUGGUUUAUCGUUAUGAUAUAAAGUGUACUGUUCUUGUUGGCUUUCAUUUAAUGGAAAGGAAACUUCUAGAGAUGCCUUUGCCAGAUGAUAUUAAACGUGGUCCUGGAUUGUAUGAUUUAUGGGUAUUUAAAGGAUUUCUUAGUCUAUGGGAUAUGUGGGGUGAUAAUGGUAAAGUUGAAAUAUGGGUGAUGGGAAAAUACAAUGUGCAAUCGUCUUGGAGUAAGACUCUUGUUCUGUCUUUUGAUGGCAUUCCCACUCACUACUUUUGCCCGAAAUACUGUGCAAAAAAUGGUGAUAUCGUUGGAACAGACACUUGUAAUGUAUUGGUAAAGUAUAAUAGCAAAGGACAGCUGCUUGAGCAUCGCUCGUUCAGUAAUGAUAGAUAUGGAUCCCUAGUGGCUUUGUAUACAGAAUCUCUGCUUUCACUUCCUGGUGAUGGUGACGGUGAUCAAGCUUAAGAAGAUUACACAAACAAGAAGAAUGAGGUUUUGAAAUAUUCUCCUUCACCAUUUUCAUGAUCUUUAUAAUUAUAUUGUUGUAUUAUGUACUCUUGGGUUGCUGCAUUUGUAGGGUAAAAUGUGUUUGAUUGCAUUUGUUAUGUGAUCCUGUAUGUCACAUGAGCUGGUGUAAUAUGUCAUGAAAUGUUUAUAGGUCAAACAUUUGUAUUAUGUUUAUUGAAACUGUUGACAACUUUGUUUGUGUGAUUCAUUGUUAUUUGUACCUGUAUAAUUGGAUUGAGUUCUAA